AUGGAUUUUUCUCCGAAUUCACCGCUAGCAAACCGUACUACUAAUAGUAAUAAUCACUCCGAAAUCGAAAAACGACGUCGUGAACGGAUGAAUGAAUUGAUGGGACAACUGGCUGCACUGAUACCGUCAACAUUUUGUCGGAAACUUGAUAAACUUUCCCUACUGCGACUUGCACUUGACCAUAUUAGCACAAUGAGAACAUCGAAUGAUAAAGAAAUGAAUUAUGAUUGUUGCACGAAGCAUGUUACUAUAAGCGAUUUGCUAACUCUUCUCAAAAAUAAUGUUGAGCACUUUAUGGCUGUCGUUGAUGUAUCAUCCGGGAAAAUUUUGUACGCUUCCGAUGAAAUACGUAAAUUUUUGGGAGACGAUGUUUUGGCUCGAAAUUGGUACGAAAUCUUACACCCCGUAGAUGCGGCUAUUUUCAAAAAGGAAACCAGUAUGGAGCGGAAUGAAAAUGUCAACGCCAGCGAUUCAGUUUGUGAAACAGUAAGUUCGAGUACAGGAUAUUACAAGUCGAAAACAGAAUGGAACCUGGGCUUGAGGCGCUCAUUCCCAUGUCGUCUGCGGGUCUGUAAUUCAAAAGGUUUGGAUCAGUUCGAACAUAAUUACGAAUAUUUCCACUGUUACGGUUCACUACGUCAUACUGACAAACCAAUUCUGGUCAUGCUACUCAUCAAACUAUUUUUUUCGGGUGUAGAAGAGCAGUUUCAGAUAACUAUAACACCAAACGGUCAGAUCAUCCGUUGCGGUUCUGGAUUGCCAAUCAUCCUAAAACAUCUUCCACAAGACCUUACUGGAUGUUAUUAUUACGAUCUUAUCCAUGAGGGCGAUCUACUUGACGUUGCAUAUCAUCAUAAACAAGUAAUAAGUCGGCGUGAUACAAGGGAAACGAGUUACAGAAUCAGGGCGAUGAAUAAACAAUGCGUUAAAGUUAAUGCUACUUGGAUACCGUUUACGAAUCCAUGGAAUCUUAAAACUCAGUUCAUCGCCAUUAAUCAUCGAAGCAAUUCACUAAGAUGCGAUGAGGAAUCAAGCCCGGAACAAAGUGUCCUAAGGCAAUUGCUAUCAAAUAACCGGUCGCAGAGGAAUUACCAAGAAACAAUACCUGAAUUAACAGUUUUUGGUACCGCUCGACUGGGAGAAUCUGUUGCUGAAACAUCAUGA